GAUGGCGCGGGAGGUCGCAUUGCCGCGAACAGGCUGGCCCAGCGGCUCUCGAAGGAGCUAUGGGGCGCCAAGGGCAAGCUGGCGGAAGCCGCGGCCUGCCUCGAAACGCUGCUUGGGGACAAAAGGCUGGCCGACCGGGUGGAAGUCCCCCUGCCGACGCUCCAGCUCAGCGGCUCGCGGCGGGGGUGCGAGCCGCCGUGGUUGGAGCGGCUGCGCAGGAACGUGGCCCUGCGCGCCCGUGCUGGGGGCCUCGCUGGCUGCAUCGGCGAAGCGUCGCCCGCGGAGCUGAGAAUGGGCUCGGGCCAUGUGGCGCCGUUGACCGAGCUGGGCGUCUUGGGCCAGGAGGCCGAGGCGACUUCGCGCGCCGGCGAUCGCGCGGGCGGAGUCGUCGAGGAAGCGUUUGCCGACGGCGCCAGAGAGGCAUUGGCUGGAGUUGGCAGGGGAAAAAUGCUCGGCGACUACCCCUUCAAGACGAUCAGAGCGCUCCAAGCUCUCGUGGAUCGGGCUCGGACCCCAGGGCGCAUCUCGCCCGCGGUCUGGGGCGUCGCAGAUCUGUGGAGGGCGGGGCCCGUCAGCCUCGGGGAGUUGACAGGCAAUGAGAUGAAGGAGCGCCGUUCGUCCAACAUUGAUGUACCGAAGCUCAAGUUCGACAUGAAGCAGCAUUGCCUGUGCGCGUGGUUUCCACCCCUGCGCCUGCAGACCGAGCAGGUCAAGAGGUUGCAGGGCGCGCUUGGUGACUUCGGGAGCGCGCGGGCCAAGAUGACCCCCUGCCCGGGAGAAGUUGCGGACGCCGCGCGCCUUGUGAAUUGGCGGUUUGAUGGUCUGAGAAUUGCCGACUUCCUGGGGGGGCGCCAUCUACGCCGCGAGCUGGGACACGCGAUGCAGAUAUGCAGCUCGGCUCUGACAGGCUUCGCGAGCUUGCCCAAGAACGAGCAAGAGCAGUGGACCAAGUUCGCGAACAAGCAGUUAACGGCGCGCGUCAGGCUGAUCCCUGAACCUAAGACGGGCGCCGAGCUGGAGAACGCCAUCAAGGGCUCCAAGCUGAUCGAGAUUCGGGGCGACCCGGUGGGCCUUGUCCUGUAUAACUUCGACGUCGAGGGGCACGGCGAGAGUGGGCGUAGGCCCGAGCUUCGCAUGCCGUCGCCACGGGAUGCAAUAUACAGCGAGAUUGUCCGCGCCGUGCUCAAGGCCCGUGCGCCAUCAGGCGGGCUGGGGUAUUUUCGAAACGGCGAGGUCGCGAUCACCCUGGAUGGCGGUCGGAAAGGUAACGCCAACGAGCUCAUGGCACCAUGGAAGGAGAGUGCGGCCAAGGAGGCGAGGAAGAAGAAAUAUGAGGAAGACGACAGGGACGAAAACGAGGAAGACGAGGACCAGGAAGACGAGCCAAAGGGGACCCUCACCAGGUGCAUCCUGCAGCUCGCGCACACAGGAGAGAGCCUCAAGGAGAGGCAGAUUUCAUGGACAAUGAAGGAGCUGCUGGGCAAGCGCACCAUCAUUCGCGCGGGUGGCAAGCCCAAGGUGGCGGCGGACGACGACGACGGAGAGGGCCCUGACAAGGCAGCGGGGCGUCGCACGGGCGCGACCGUGGUCCCCUGCGCGCUCCAUGGGGCGCCACCUAUUUGGUGCUCAGAACUGAUCCAUAUCUUCGUUGCCAAACUCGGCAUCGAUAUGACUCCAAUGGAUGGGAAGUGCGCCGUGCCCGAAGGCAAGAUGCACGUCCCCGCCUACGCGCAGGCCACGGAGAGCGAGGCGGAGCCGGAGCCGGCGUCGGAAGAACUCCCGAAUGAAGACGAGGAGUGCGGCGCGUGGGACCCAGACAAGGCCCGGCUGCCGCCGGAAUUGAAGGUCGGCGCCGAGCGGCGCAAGGAGCUGGUUGGGCACAUCCAGCUCCUUGCGCCAUUCGGUGCCGGCCUUGAAUCCGAGCCGCUGGCCAGAAUCGAGGACGGCAGCGAGUGGCGUAAGGAUCUGGAUGGGUACUUCCUGCUCCCCGCGCCACUCGGUGCCGACCUUGAAUCCAGGAUGCGCGCGCGCGCGUGCGUUGCCAGAUUCAAGGGCGGCGCCGAGAGGCGCGCAGAAUUUGACGGGCACUUCCAAGACGAAAUGGACCUGUCUCUUAUCUUCUGGCCUGGCGUGCGCGCGGAGCCAGAUGUAUCCAUCCAGCCCCUUGCGCCGCUCGGUGCCGCCCUCGAUUUUGGCCAGCGGCUCGGAAUCAAGGCCGGCGCCGAGUGGCGUAAGGAGCUGGAUGUGCCCAUCCAGCUCCAUGCGCCGUUCGGUGCCGUCCUUGAUUGCACGCCGCUUGAGCUCAAUGGAUAUGUGUUGCUGCUUCGGCUGAUUGCGACCUUGCGCAGCGCUGCAGCCUGGUGCCUGAAGGAUACCAUGUUCGAGUCUGAUUUCCCUGGCAUGGACGGCGCCGUGAUCGCCACGGCACGAUUGAACGUCUCUUUCUCGGUGCAGUUUGUCUCGGGCAGCAACGAGACGCGCCGCAAGCUGCCGGGGCUGCGCGAGCCGAAUCACUUCUACACUGACAUCGUGGACGUGCCCAUCAAUGAUAAGCCUUACGUGGACAUCUACGUCUUAGCACCGCCAUGCCAGAACUUUUCAUCUAAUUUCAAACAGGCUGGCGCCAAUGGUUCCCGCGCGACGGGGAAACUCAUGGCCGUGGCCCUCAAGCGCACUCGCGAGAAGGAGCGGCGACCCGUCGUGUUCGAGAAUGUUCUUGCCAUGACACAUGCCAAAUUCCGCCGAGCGUUGCGGGGGCUCACCAGGUACCUCCGCGAAAGCGGGCACGCGGUGUCUGACGAGGGGCCCUCGAAGUCGCCGCUGCUACGGGCCUACGGGGCCACCCCCGCUGCCCAGGGAAAGCCGACCAAGCGCGUUGUGGAGCUCAGCGACGCUGCGCUGAGCGCAGAAACGAACGAGUUCCAGGAUAUUGCCAAACGAGUGGCCGAGGGAGAAUCGUUCGCGAAGAUUGGCAAGCCUGGCCGGAAAAUUGCACGGCGUCUGCUGGAAGCUAUCGAAGUUCAGGACCGCGCGGCGAUCACGGGUGCAAAGUACAUCGCUCCGGUGCGGGAUGAGCGCGCGGGCCGCUUGCACAUCGGGUUCAAUUAUGCGAGCGCCGCUUUGGAUGUCCAUCGUGUCACUCUGUGCAUGGAGAGGGACCAAGACCAGUUCGCGCACCUCGGCGAUGGACGGGCGGCGGCCGUGCUCGCCCAGGAGCGCGCCCGCCAGACUGCAGUCUCCCGGGGCUCGUCCCACGUCGCGGGGCUGAUCGCCGCGUCAGGCCUGCUGGUCACGCGCAAUUGGCCCGCGUUUCAGCUUCGCGGGAUGGCGACCGAGUCCUUCUCCGCGCUGUGCAUUGCCGAGUCCUUCUCCGCGCUGUGCAUUGCCCUGACAGGUUGCGCCUGGUCGGCCACGGUGGCCGAGCCCACCGUGUUGGAUGCUUUUCGCUCCGCUUCGGGCGGAGGCGGGCCGCUCGCGGCGGCGCGGAGCGUCGCGGGCGACGUCGCGCUCCAGGCCGCGGGCGUCGACGCAUUGGCGGAGCAGCUGCUCGGGCAGGCGGGCUUCUGCGCAGGCGCCAGCGUUGCCAGGCGCGGCGCGCGCGAGCGCGCCGCCCGGGCCGCGGGCGCGCUUUCUCGGGCCGGGAGAACGAGGUACCUCCAGGCGGCGGGCGCGGAGGCGGGCCUGAUCCACAGGGCGGGGCCCCCGGCGGGCGUCGUCGGGGGCCGCGCGGCGACAGGGGUCACCGAUGGCAAGCUCCACGCAUGGCGGCUGGCGGCGGCCCGCGGGGCGUGCAAGUUGCCCGGCGGCUCCGCCCUCGGCUUCCGCCCGUCGCAGGGCAGGUGCUUGGCGGCCGCGGAGGCCCGCCGCGCGACGGCUGCGCCCCCCUGGGCGCGCUGUGCCUCGCCCAUCGACGCGGCGGCGCUGACUGUGGCGAGGAUGGGCCCGCGGCUCGAGUCGGCGAGGGCGGUGGUCGCCGACCGGGGCGACGGGCCCGACUUCGCCACGAUGGCGCCCCGAGAGCUCGGCGUCGAGGCGGCGGGCGAGCGCUUCGCGAAUCGCCGGCUGCCAUUGCGGGCGAUGGAGGAGACGCGCGCCGACGUCGCGCACGUGAUGCGGGGGCGGCGCCCAGAGGGCGACUUGCUCGGCGGUCGCCUGUCCUUCGGUGGGUCGGCCAUCGAACCGCGCCGCAGGUGCCCGCCUACCGAUCCCACGCGGGCGUUCUCGACCGCCUCUGCCGAGUGCCGGCUGCGCGGCCGCCGGCGCGCGGACGGGCUUGCCGAGGCGGGGGCGCCUUUCCGCCGGGUCUGCGACGCGAGGGUCGACGAGCGCUGCGCCUUCGCAGAGUUCGUCUACGAGCUGGCGAGGUGGACCGCCCAGGCCUCGAUCAUCCGGCAGGGCUUCGAGGCCGGGGGGUGCGAGGGCUUGCCGGGGGGCGCGGAGCGCAGGGGCGCUCUGCGAGCGCGCGACGUCGCUGCAGAGGCGCCCGCUGGCAGCCGAGCAGCCUGCCUCGACGCGAGCUGCUUCGACGAGGCCGAGACGGCCCUGCAGGGCGCCGGGGGCCGUUGCCUGGAGUGGAUCGGCAACCAGGGCGGGGCGAGCGAGGCGAGCGUGGCCAGUGGCGCUCUGCGAGCGCGCGACGUCGCUGCAGAGGCGCCCGCUGGCAGCCGAGCAGCCUGCCUCGACGCGAGCUGCUUCGACGAGGCCGAGAUGGGGCGCUGGGCGCCGGCGUCUCGCGGCGGCCGCGCAGCGAGGCGCGCGGCGGGGAAGCGAGCCGCUGCGCGGAGGGGCUGCGCGGGCGGGGCCUCGCCCUCCGAAGCAGAGCUGCCCGCCCCCGCGAGCCUGGCGCGCGCCCUGGCAACGAGCUGGGGCGCCUCGCUGAGCCAGAGCCAGUGGCGGCGGGCGUUCGAGGCAGCGGACAGGGGCGUGAAGGCGGCGCUCGCGGAUGCAGCGGCCCUGCGCAGCGGGCUGGAGGCCUUUCGGCGGUGCAUCGCGUCCUACGUGGGCGAUGCCGAGCUGGCCGACCGCCCGGAGGCGAUCGCGCCCGCGCUGACGGCCCUGCUGCGGGGAGUGGCCCCCGAGCAGGAGGAUGCAGUGCGGCUGGGGGCGAGGCGAGAGCGCAAGAUCGAGUGCCACGUGGAGAUUUGCGUGGCGGAGGCGGUGCCGCAGCUUGGCCGCGUUGAUGCUCUGCGCACGCCGCUGCGGUCGGCUGCGAGGCCCUUCGCCCCAGCUGGGAUUGACCCCGUCGUUGCCGGCGGCGGCGGUGCCCAGGCGGCGCAGGUCGGCUGCGAGGUGGAGUUCGUGCAGGCUGCGGGCGCUCUGGCGCCGCCGUCGCGCGCUGGCGGCGAGUGCUCCGACUCCGACGGCGAGAUCCUCGGCGGCGAGGCGCUCGAGGGAGCGUUGCAGGCUGCAGAACAACGGGUGCAGGCUGCAGAGGAGCGCGCCCUGGCGGCGGAGUCAGCAGCAGCGAGCGCAGGCGCCGCCGUGAACAGGCCCGUGGCAGCGGCGAGGGCCGCGCCUCAGGAUCUGGUGGACACUCGGCUUCUGGCGAAGCCGAAGGCGUUCGGAGGCAGCGAGGACGAGUGGCCAGGGUGGAGCUUCAAGAUGCUCGCGUACCUCGGGGCCCUCGACGAGCAGAUGGCCAACGAGCUGACAGCAGCCAUGACGUUCCCGCUGGAGGAAGUGAGGAACGCGAGACUCCUGGAGGAGGGAGCGAGUCAGCGCAGUCGCCAGCUGUACUUCAUCCUCGUCCUGCUGCUGGAAGGAGCCGCACUGCAGCUCAUCAAGCCAGUCGGCGUCGGAGAAGGUUAUCGGGCGUGGAGGACGUUGCAAGACAUGUACGAGCCCGACAGACCAGGUCGCCAUGCAGGACUGCUGCAAGAGCUGAUCGCGUUCCAGUUCCCAGAGGACAACAUCGUGGGGAUGCUGGCGGACUUCGACUUCAAAGUCACGAAGUACGAGAGCCAGAGCCACGAGAGGAUUGGGGACAGGAUCAAGAUGGCGAUCCUCCAGCGGGGGAUUCAGGACGAGGCUCUUCGAGCGCAUCUGGUCCACAAUGCGUCGAGGCUAGUCACGUGGGAGCUCAUGCGCAACGAAGUGCACAUGGUGAUCUCGACGAGGAGCGCCAUCUCAGCAGUGCCGCCACCAGUUCCGAUGGACACGAGCGCGGUGGAGAAGGCGAGGCGCGAGGCAGCGUGGAAGGGCAAAGGAAAGAAGGGCAAGGAAGGCAAGGGCAGGAAGGGCAAGGGCGGCGGCAACUCCACGGACCAGAAGAGCCAGGCGGCCAAGGACAGGGCCGAGAAACGAUGCUUCCACUGCCACAAGACAGGUCACGUCAAGAGCGAGUGCAGGAAGUUCCUCGCAGAGCAGAAGAAGAAGAAGGGCACCAACGCAGUCGAGCAGGAGUCGAAGCCGACGGGGGCUCCACCAGCGGCGAGCGCCGCGGGGAGCGCGGCACCGGUGAUGGCGAUCGCGACCGAAAGCGGGGCAGAGCCACUGUGGUGCCUCGCGAUCGAGCUGGAAGAAGGGCAAGAGUCGUUAUCGAGUGGAGCAGCAGCGACGCCCUCAGCACCAGCGACGACAGCGAUCCACCUUCGUUCGAGCGGGCCGUCAAACGAGCACGAGCAGCCGAGGCAGCCAUUCUUGGUCGGGGCCAGCCCGAUCGAGCAGCUGAGCCAGCCAGGGGCAGCAAACGAGCACGAGACGUUCGAGAGCAAGGAGAUCGUCGGUAUCAAUGAGCACUGGGUCAUGGUGGACUCAGGUGCUGCACGAUCGGUGUGUCCGCCGAGUCACGGGGCCCACGAGACACUCAGAGACCUGAGCGAGCGCAUCAGGCUGGUCGGAGCGAGCGGCGACGACAUCCCGUGCCACGGCGAGCGCUUCGUCACGUACGCGAAGGGCGGGCGCAAGAUCGGGGUGGACUACAAGGUCGCCGACGUCAAGAGGCCAGUGCUGGGCGUGUCGCAGGCGGUCGACAAGGGUGCGUCGUGGGUAUUCACGCCGAGCGGGAGCUACAUGAUCCCGAAGCCGAUCGAGUUCUCGGACCCAGACGCCGUGCCGCUGGUCAGACGCAACGACUUGUUCUACCUCAAGAUGGACAGGUACGGUGAAGGCGUCAAGAACUCGCUCGUCAUGCCGGUGCGGGGCGAGGAGCCAGGAGGCGAGCCUGGUGGCGCAUCAGCCGCGUCCAGGGCAGCGGCGAGGGCCGCGCUCCAGGGCGGCGGCGGCGGAGGGGCUGCCGCGACCCGCGCUCAGGCCGAGGCGAGCGAGCCGGCAGCGCAGGCAGUGCUCGAGGAGUCCGUGCCAGUUCGAGUCAAGAAGGAUCCGGUGAAGCCAAGCCUGGCCGAGCAGAGGACGCACGAGCUGGUGCACAUUCCGGCGAGGUCCUGGUGCUGGGUGUGCGUCAGAUCCAAGUUCACGGACGACCCGCACUACAAGGCCGGGCACGAGCGCACGGGCGACGAGGUCCAGAUCGACUACUACUUCCUGGGCCAGCUGAGCAUCCUCAACAUGGUGCACAUGAACUCCCAAGCUAUUCAUGGCAUCAUGGGGCCGAAGGGUACCGACGCCUACAUGGUCAAGACAGCGGUCGCCACCAUUGAGAACUGGGGGCUGGAUCGCAUCGUGCUGAAGCACGACCAGGAGGCGUCGAUCACGGCCCUGGCGAGGGAGAUCAAGGCUCAGCGGAAGGCGCCCACGAUGAUCGAGUCAGCUCAGCGGGCUAACCAUCAAGGAGUCGGUGGAGUGGAGCGCGCCAACGAGGAGCUCGGCAAGCAGAUCAGGGCGCUGCUGUUCUCGGUGGGCGACAACUACAAGCGGGAGCUCCCAGCCGAGCAUGGGCUUCUACCUUGGCCCAUUCGGCACGCUGGCUGGCAGCUCAACCGCUUCACGGUGCACGGCAACGGCAAGACGACCUACGAGGUGCUCAAGGGGAGGCCGUAUCGGGGCGAGCUCGUCAACUUCGCGGAGUGCGUUUGGGCGAGGGACCCCACGCCGACCUCCAAGCUGCAGCCUCGGUGGCACGCGGCGGCGUGGCUGGGCAAGACAGAGGUUUCGGACGAGCACCUGGUGGCGGGUCCAACGCGCACGACGAGGGUGCGCACGGUGAGACGGCGACCAGAGGGCGAGCGGUUCGUGCUGGAGGAGCUGGACAAGUUCGCUGGGGUGCCGUGGGACAUGCACCGGGCUCCACAGAUCGGCAUUGUGCCGACGGGAGCGCCCCAGGUGGAGCCGAACCAGCAGCGGCUGCUGCCGCCACCUCCGCCACCGCCAGUGGUCUUGCCAGCCGCGGGCCCGGAGGCGCUGGUGCCACCAGCGAUGGUCGGGCCGGCGCCGCCCACGGGGCCAGGAGGCGCAGGGCUGAGGUCGACGUACAUCACGAGAGCGCUGAUCGACAAGUACGGCUGGACCCCCAUGUGCCCGAGGUGCGUCACAGGCAUGGGAUCGCACAGCGAGGAGUGCCGGAAGAGGAUCGAGAACGAGCUGCGCAAGGAGGAAAUGGCCAGGGCAGCGGCGGAGGCCGCGCCCUCGUCGGCAGCGGCGGGGGCUGCGCCGACGCCGGCGGCGGCUGGAGCCGCGCCGGGGCCAGCGGCUGGAGCUGGAGACGGCAGGCCAGGAUCGUCCGGGGAUGCCAGCAUGGCACCUCGCGAUGACCAGGGCGAGGCUUCGGCGAAGAGGCCGCGCCAGACAGCGGCGAUCACAGUCGGGUCGCUCGCGGUCGGGGCCUUCGUGGAGAUCAAUCCCUGCACGUACGAGGGCCUAGACCAGCAGUCUCACGAGGAGCUCGAGACGGUCACGGAGAUCGAGAGCUGCGAGCCGCUGGAGAUCGGGAUGUUCGAGGUCGGCUCCGUCGAGCCGUCGGCGGUCACGGUCCUGCCAGACACGGAGAAGCACGUGUACGACGCGAGGAGCGGGAAGGAGCUCCCCAGGGACCUGGUCAGGCGCGGGCGCGAGGCCGAGAUCGAGGAGAUGCGGCGACACGGCGUCUUCGAGGAGGUCCGCGUGGCCGAGAGCCGGGGCAAGGUGGUGCGUUUCAAGUGGGUCGAGGACCUGCGCACCAAGCUCCCGUACCUCAAGCGCAAGAUCAGGUGGACAGGCAAGGGAUUCGUCUGGAUCGGCGACACGAAGCACGUGACGAGAUGCGUGGAGCUGCUGGGCCUUACGGGGUGCAAGCCAGCGGACACGCCUGGGAGCAAGGCCACGGGCAAGAGCGUCCGGGAGGCGCUGGACCCACUUCCACACGACGAGGCGAAGCUCUACCAGCAGGUCGCGGGGCUCGUCAACUACGUGGCGGUAGACAGGCCAGACAUCCAGUUCGCGGUGAAGGUGAUCCUCACGGACAUGGGGAAGCCCACAGUCAUCAGCAUGCUUAGGCUGAGGCGGUGUGUGCGGUAUCUCCACGGUCGGCGCGAGCUCGGGUGGUUCUACGAGAAGCAGGAGAUGCCGAAGGAGGUUCUCUACGAGACGGACUCGGACUGGGCAGAGAAUGAGAUCACGAGGAAAUCGACCAGCUCCGUGUAUGGCUUCUUCGGCAGCCACCUCCUGGAGACCCAGGUGGCAUCGCAGCCCGUCGUCGCGCUCAGCAGCGGAGAGGCCGAGUUCUACGCCAUCGGCCGAGGCGCGGCGAGUGCGAUCAUGAUGCGGCAGUUCUAUCGGCAGUGUGGCAUCGAGGUCGCGUCGAAGGUUCACAGCGACUCGAAUGCAGGCAGGGCGAUCGCGACACGGAUUGGCAGUGGCAAAGUACGGCAUCUGCAGAUACGAGACCUGUGGGUGCAGGAACGAGUCAGGCUCGGCGAGUUACAGCUCGGGCGAGUCGACACGGAGAGCAACAGGAGCGACUUGGGGACCAAGCAUCUGGACGGCAAGCGGGUGCUCAAGUUGCUGGAGAUGUCCAACCUGCGGCUUCUGACCAAGGGGCUCGCCGCAGGUGUGGGCGUCACUUUCGCAGAGGCGGCCGAGCAUGGAGACAAGCAGUGCUCCGCAGCCACCGACGACGAGGUCGAGUCGAACAUCGGCUCGAUCGUUCUCGCCAUGAUCAUGUUCAUCGUCGUGCUGGUGCUCAUGGUCAAGGGCGCAGUUGUGUGCACGAGAGGGGCGGUGCAGCUCUUCUCAUCGAGGGCGGCGAGUGCUGCCCCACCAGCGGGAGCGGCGAGGGCUGCCCCGCGGGCCGACGGCACGGCGAGGCCCGAGGCGGCGUCGAAGGACGCGCCUGAGGGGCAUGUCGUUUCUCGGGCAGCGGCGAUAGCUGCGCCUGAGCAGGUCGCCGAAGGGCGAGACCUCGGUACGGAGUACCUCGGGAAGAUGCUGGCUGAGGCCACCGUGGCAGAGCUCAAGGAGGAGCUCAGGUGGCGGAAGCUGCCAGUGGGCGGCUUGAAGGCGGACCUCAUCGUCCGUCUGACGAGGGACGGCGGCCAGCACAUGGCCAGCAGUGAGGGGCUGGCUGCAGCGGCAUGGGCCGCGCGGCUGGUUCCAGGCAGGAUGCCUAUCCGAGCGUUCCGCUCGGAUGCGAGUUUAGGCUCGCACCUAGGCGCGCGGAGCCACGGCGGGGACGCCCGCUUUGGCUUGAGCUUGAGCCUUCAGAAGGGAGGCUCGAGCCGCAGUACAGAGAAGAUGCAAGGCGAUGCGCUCGCCUGCAUCUUGGAG